AUGACGUCAGCGUCGAGAGCCUCCCCUUCCAUGCUGACGUCAGCGGUCAGCCCGCCCGUUCCGCUGGUCGAGAGGGGAACCCCGCGCGCGACGCCCCGGCGGCGUCCGCUGCCGUUCUUCGAUCCGGAGACCGGGGAAGUUAACCGGGGAGUGUUGGUGGAUCCCAUUGACGAGGAGUCUCCAGUGCCUGACGUCACGGAAACGUCACCGGUGACCUCAUCCAGGAGGCGCCGGAUGAGACGAUCGGGAGUGACGGCGGAAGGCGAUAGCGACGUCGACAGUUUUGAUUCCGUUGGUUCCGGCAUGGAAGAGUCCGACUCCGGGGAGUCAGGGGGCGGAAUCUACAUCGAAGAAGCAAAACCCAAGUUUAGAGUAUUCUCAGGGCGCCCCUUAAAACCCGAUGCGGGCAGCCCUCCGGUUACCGUAAUCCGGUCCCCGGAUACCGGCGCGGCGGAAGCCGUUUCUCGGCGAUUGACGUACGAGCCCUCGGGGCCUUCCCCCGCCCCCGCGCUCGUAGGACAGCUUUUUCCGGCGUCGAAGAACUCGCCCCCGGGCGCAGAGGCCGAACUUUUCGACGAGGAACGGCGGCGAGGGGACGGCCUGAUCCUGGCCCGCCCCGCGCGCCGGCGGUUCGGGGACGCGGACCCGAUGAGCCCGCGCGCUCGUAGGGUUUUGGGGCGCGAGGGUUCGGAGGGUUCGGGCGCGUCUUCGUCGCCGCGCGGGUCGCGGGGCGACAUCGUAAGCCCUCGAAGCAGGAGCGGUUUGUCGCGCAGCCAGUCGGCGGAAGACCUGAACAGGGGGGGCAUCUCCGUGAGUUUUGCACCCCCCCAGAGGCGGGCCGGCGGCUCGUUCGCGUACUACAGCGGGGGAAAGUUGGCGGACGUCCGGAGCAGCAGUUCCGAGAAGGACUUUUCCGACUAUUGGGGCAGAGUCACCGGAACUCCGGCGUCCAUUCGGUCACCGGAGGCCGAAGCGGGCCCAGCUUUGGACGUUCCGUUCGUUCCGGCGCGCAAUGAGGGGCCGGAAUCAUCCGCCACGGUGGGGCCUCAGGGUGACGUCGGCUUUGGGCAGCGUGAAAUCAGCUUUGAGGAGCGUGCCGUCGGCUUCGCGGGGGCUGACGAUAGGUUGCAGCGGUACGGCUCGAGUGGUGUUAGUUUUGAGAGUGACAUCAGCGCGGUGCGGAGUGAUCCGGGGCUGCUCCGGCGGCGACCGCCGGAAGCGGAAUUCCGCCCGGAUCUCGGCCGGAGGUCGCUUGGGAGCGCGGAGUUCACCUGGCAGCUCGGUGACGCAUCCGGGGGGGACUCGGACUUCCGGCGGCGGUCCUUUCCGGUUCCGCAGUCCCGCGACCAGCGGAACGCAACGGAAGACAUGCGCGAGUUUUUCCCCGCUGCGCCGGCGCGGCUGCUCGGAACGGGUGAAAGAGUGUCAAUUUCGCGGCCGGACAUUUCCGUUGAGCUCGAACCGCGGAUUCCGGGCCCGGCACCGGAAGCGUGGGAGGAGGGCGCCGCUCAAGAAGUCUCCUUCCAGCCAGAAGCCGAAAGGGAUCUCAGCGGAAUGACAAUGACAGUACAAGCGGGUUCUGACAGCGGGGCGUUCCGGUCCGGAGAGAGCGGCAUCGAGGCAUCGAGCGGAAACGGAACACUGUCGAGUCUCGAGAGCGGAGCGAUCGAGCAGCGGAUCUCAGGGCUUGGGGAGGAGUCGGCGCAAUUCGCCGGGCGCAAUACGAGGCGGCCGUCCCCUUACUAUUAUUAUUCCGGGGACGCGGUUACUCUUCCACCGGUCGCUUCUCUGGGAAGAUUGGAGCCCAUUGUCGAAGUCGGGUCGACCCCGGAAAUGUCCCCCGAGUCGGCGGAGAUGCGGCCGCGGACCGCGAUCCGGUUCUAUUCGCCGCAGUUCCGCCGGCGGUGAGCGGAAUAUACUGCACGGAAACUGACGGCCUGUUGGAUAUCAGUACGACCAAACGGACAACUAACUUAUAAUCGACAGACAUCCGGAGGGCGAUCAAACUAGCAUCAGGGGGUGACCGGAAAAGAUCUGACCGUUUUUGUCAAAGGCUUUGUACAAUGCUUCUGUUGAGCACCGUUAUGUCUAUCGCAUCCACUUGAGACUUGCAAGAUUUCUGCUGAAAUCGGACCGCGCUUGCGUUAAAUCAAGAAGGAUAAGAGAGAACGAUACCUGAUUUUGCUUGCAUAGGGUUCUGAACCGUCCGCAACCAUUUGUAGGGUUGCGUAGGACUCUGAGAGGGUCACUCUUGCUCACCGUUAGAAUGCUUACGCAGGAAGCGAGAUUGGUUACAUCCAGACCCAUUAUCUGCCUUGUGCCAUGCGCCCGGCCUGCCCC